AUUGCUCAGUGUAUGCUUUAACCUCAUCUAAAUUCUCAAUAAGAUUGUUAUCUUUGUCUCUACAUUUCCUGAUGCAGUUAACGGCUCUUCGAGUAGCAAUGGAAGCAUAAAAAAACUUAGUAUUGGAAUCCCCUAAAGUAAGCCAAUGCUGUCGAGACUUCUGUUUUGCAAAACAUUCCUCCUACUUUAAGGCUUGCAUGAAGUUAUUUCUAGCUUCUAUCUCUUUUUCGAUAAGAUUCUCAUCAUGGGGCUGAAGUUGUAGAUCAUGUUGCAUUGCUAUUAGUUCCUUUCUGCAAAAUUGAACUUGAGUGGUAAUGUAAUAUCCCCCACUUUUAAAAAUAUAUUAAUAAGGAUUUAUAUGUAAAUUGGAGGACCUAUAUGUAAAUAUAGAAAUUACAAGGACUAAACUGCUAAGUUGCAAAAAGAAAAAAAAAAAAAAAAAAAAAGGAAAAACCAAAAAUUCGGUAUUAUCCCACCGCCUCCCACGCACUCUGUUUCUUUCCAGAAACAGAGAGAGCGGUGGGGCGUGAGGAGAAGGGGAGUGGUUGAAGAAAAGAAGAAGAAGAGGGAAAAGAAGAGAGGAGGAAGAAGAGAGGAAGAAGAGGGAGAAGAGAAGAAGAUGAAGAAGAAGAAGAAGAGGAGGUGGCUGCAGCGAGGGCUGCAGCGAGAAGCUGUGGGGCGUGGGGGGAAGAAGAGAGGAAGAAGAUGGAGAAGAGAAGAAGAAGAAGAAGAAGCAGAAGAAGAAGAGAGGAGGAUAGCUGCGGCAAGGCUGCAGCGAGGAGGUGUGUGGCUUUGGGGAGGAAAAGGGAAGAGGAGAAGAAGAGAAGGAGAAGAAGAGGGAAAAGAGAGGCAGCUGCAGCAGCCAGGGCUGCAGCACCUCUGUUUCCCGCAGGUGGAAACAGAUGCGAGGAUGUGUGGGGCGUUGAGGAUGAAAAGGGAAGAAGAAGAAGAAGAAAAAGAAGAAGAAGAAGAACAAGAAGAAGAAGAAGAUAGCUGCGGCAAGGCUGCAGUGAGGAGAUGUGUGGCCUUGGGGAGGAAAAGGGAAGAGGGGAAGAGGAGAAGAAGAAGAAGAGGAAGAGAAAGAGGUGUGAUACCUCUGUUUCCUGCAGAGGAAACAGAGGAGAGGGUGUGUGUGACGCCGGGGAAGAAGGGGCUGCAGCUGCGGCGAUGGCAGCUGCAGCUGGAAGAGAAGAAGAAGAGGAAGAUGAGCAGGGGAGGAGGAAGAGGUUGCGGCCGUGGCUGCGGCCGCGACUGCAGCAGUUGCAGCGGGGAGAGUAGAAGAAGAAAGGAAGGAGAAGGAAGAGGAGAAGGGAAAGAAGUAGCUGCGGCUGCGGUUGUGGCAGCUGCAGCUAUGGCAGGGAAAGAGGAAGAGAAAAAGGAAAGGAAGAAGAAGAGAAAGGGAAGGAGAGGAAGAAGAGAGGAAGAGGAGAAGGGGCUGCGGCUGCGGCGAUGGCAGCUGCAGCUGUGGUAGGGAAAGAGAAAAAGGAAAGGAAGAAGAAAAGAAAGGGAAGGAGAGGAAGAAGAGAGGAAGAGGAGAAGGGGCUGCGGCUGCGGUGAUGGCAGCUGCAGCUGUGGCUGGGAAAGAAGAGAAGGAAAGGAAGAAGAAGAGAAAGGGAAGGAGAGGAAGAAGAGAGGAAGAGGAGAAGGGGUGGCAGCUGCGGCAGUGGCAGCUGCAGUUGGAAGAGAAGUAGGAGAGGAAAUAGAGUAGCAGAGGAAGAAGAGGCUGCGGUUGUGGUGGCUGCGACUGCGACUACGGCAGUUGCAGCUGGGAAAGAAAGGAAAGGAAAGGGGGAAAAAGGGGCUGCGGACCGGAUUGCGGUCGCAGCGGCAGCGACUGCGUAUGCAGCAAUUAUGUCUGCGAGAGAAGGGAGGAAGGAAGGUAGUGCGGUGGAAGGGGCUGCGAUUGUGGCAGCGGCAGCGGCGGCAGCUGUGGCAGCUGCGUUAGGGAAAGAAAAAGAAGGAAUGAGAGUAAGAGAGAGCAGGUGACUGUGCCUCGAUGUUCGACACGUGAUGUAGUUAUGAAGAAAGGAAGAAAACGGGAGCACAAAACGAAACAGAGAGAGGACACGGAGGAAAAGUAGAAAGAUUGGACGGGCACCUUCCUUGGAUAUUCAGAUCAAAAUAUUUGAAAGGUCAGCUUGUUACUCUUCGAGAUGUUUGAUUUGGGCUGAGGUAGUGGAUAGCUAUUCAGAAUGAUGGGCAAGUCUGGUUGGUUAUUACGAUAUUGUUGUAUAAGUAUGUCUUGUAUAUAAUAAAAUGUUGUCGAUGAACCGAAAUAGAUAUACUGUGUCCAAGUGUUAGGAGAUCUCUCUUAUUUGGAAUUUCAGAAUGUUAUCUAAUUUAUGGUGAUAUGAACUUGUGGUGAUUAGUUGGAGUUCUGAUUGUAUAAAUUAUUUAGCUUGUGGAUUUAUAAAUAUUGUUCAUGUUUGUCAAGUUGGCUUGGGUUGCCAUAAAUGUGAAUUAUUGAGUGAUGUGAUAUAUGAUUAUAAACUGCACAGGUUUUAUGGGUGUGAAUAUGAAUAGAAUGUUUUUCAGUGUCCUCAAACGUUAGUUUGGAUCCUGGAUUGGUCUGUGAUGAAAAAUUUUAAAAAUCAUGGAUAUUUUGAGGGGCGUGACAGAGGCGGUAUCAGAGCAUGGUUUGAGGAUCACUGAAAUAUUUGAUAUGUUGACGUGCAAAAUAUAUUGAGGUCUAGUGAAUUAUAGUGAUUGGUGGAAAUAUUUUCUUUGAUGCAUUUUAGGAAUCUGGGAUGAUGAGGACAUUUGGUCCUCCUAUUUCAUCUGAUUUCGAUUAAUUAAGUGGGAUGAAAGGGGUAAUCGGGGAUAUUGAAUCAGAGUGGCGCAGUAGAAGCAUGGUGUACCUAAUCUAUUGGUGGUCGAAAAAUGGAUGAUGCGAAUUGAGAAAUAUUUGAUAUACAAAAUUGUUCUGAUACUCGAAAGAUUUCUUUUGCCACGUUAUAUUGGAAGUAAAGACUUAUUAUUGACGGCAACAAUGAAAAGAAUUUUUGAAGAUCAAUGGCAAGAAUGACAAGAACAAGUUUACCAAUAAAAAUAUGAUUGGAAAUGAAUCAGUAAGUAACAACAAGAGAGUCAAGACAUUUGGAUUUGAAAUGGGAAGUCACCACAAAAGACUCAAUCAGGUGUGAAUUGCAAGUUAAAUUAUGAAACAAGUUUAUGUUUGUGCGUGACUAGAGCCUAUUUUGCUUAUGGAAAGUUUGAUCAUAAAAUAAAAGUUUGCCCUUUGAACAAGAAGAAAGAGUCACUGCCUCCUAAAUCAUCAGCCCAUGUCAGAGUGUAUGCUACCACUGAAUAUGAUUCUAAGACUUCUGAAUUAGUGGUCGAAGGUAUUAUGUAUGUUUAUGAAAGAAUGCAAAUAUUUGUUUGAACAUGGGUUCUAUCUACGAUUUGAUUCGUAACAUAUUGCCUGUCACUUGGGUAUUCAACCUAGAUCACUGUAUUAUGUGAUAUAUGUAAGUACAAUCAUUGGAGAUUCUUUGAUAACGAACUUGAAUCUGGUCCUCUUGUCUGAUUUUUGUUGGAGAACUUGAACUUUUGCUGAUUUAGUUCUCCUAGAGAUUUGGAGUUAUGAUAUUAUACUUGGUAUGCAUUGGCUAUCUUCUUAUCAUACCAGUAUGGAUUGGUAUAUAACAAAUGAUCACUUUUUGCAUAUUUGAUCAGCCGAUCUUUUAUUUUGAGAGUAUUGGACAUUAUUUAUCUCCUUGCCUAAUGUAUCCCAGGAUGACUUGCCUGGAUUACCUCCAAAUGUGAUUUUGCUUUUGAUUUGGUCCUUGGGACAAUCCCUAUAUCUAAGCCUCUCUGCAGAAUGAUAUCAUUUGAGUAAGUGGAAUUAGAAAAACAACUACAAGGAUUAUUAAAUGAGGAUUUUAUUUGGCUUAAUAUUUUAUCAUGGGGUGCUCUGGUGUUAGUUAAAAAGAUGGAUGGAACAUGGAGGCUUUGUAUUGAUUAUGGAUAGUUGAAUCAGGUGAUCAUCAAAAACGAGUAUUUUCUGAAGUAACGAUUUGCUUGAUUAAUUACAGGUGCGCAAGUAUUUUUGAAAGAUUGAUUGAAGGUCGGGUUUACCAUCUAUUGAGAAUCAAGAAGGAGAAUAUUUCGAUCACUCUUGGAAAAUUAUGUAAUUGUAUUGAAUUGAUGAAAUUAUUUAAGAGUAGGAGGAGGAAAUAAAGAAAUCAUAAUCCUCAUCUUUUCAUCGAUUGAGCUAUGACCAAUUUAGAGGACUAAAUUUUCUUUUAAGGGGGGGAGAGUGUAAUAUCCCCCACUUUUAAAAAUGUAUUAAUAAGGAUUUAUAUGUAAAUUGGGGGACCUAUAUGUAAAUAUAGAAAUUACAAGGACUAAACUGCUAAGUUGCAAAAAGAAAAAAAAAAAAAAAGAAAAGGAAAAACCGAAAAUUCGGUAUUAUCCCACCGCCUCCCACGCACUCUGUUUCUUUCCAGAAACAGAGAGAGCGGUGGGGCGUGAGGAGAAGGGGAGUGGUUGAAGAAAAGAAGAAGAAGAGGGAAAAGAAGAGAGGAGGAAGAAGAGAGGAAGAAGAGAGGAAGAAGAGGGAGAAGAGAAGAAGAUGAAGAAGAAGAAGAAGAGGAGGUGGCUGCAGCGAGGGCUGCAGCGAGAAGCUGUGGGGCGUGGGGGGAAGAAGAGAGGAAGAAGAUGGAGAAGAGAAGAAGAAGAAGAAGAAGCAGAAGAAGAAGAAGAAGAAGAAGAGAGGAGGAUAGCUGCGGCAAGGCUGCAGCGAGGAGGUGUGUGGCUUUGGGGAGGAAAAGGGAAGAGGAGAAGAAGAGAAGGAGAAGAAGAGGGAAAAGAGAGGCAGCUGCAGCAGCCAGGGCUGCAGCACCUCUGUUUCCCGCAGGUGGAAACAGAGGAGAGGAUGUGUGGGGCGUUGAGGAUGAAAAGGGAAGAAGAAGAAGAAGAAGAAGAAGAAGAAGAAGAAGAAGAAGAAGAAGAAGAAGAAGAAGAAGAAGAAGAAGAUAGCUGCGGCAAGGCUGCAGCGAGGAGAUGUGUGGCCUUGGGGAGGAAAAGGGAAGAGUGGAAGAGGAGAAGAAGAAGAAGAGGAAGAGAAAGAGGUGUGAUACCUCUGUUUCCUGCAGAGGAAACAGAGGAGAGGGUGUGUGUGACGCCGGGGAAGAAGGGGCUGCAGCUGCGGCGAUGGCAGCUGCAGCUGGAAGAGAAGAAGAAGAGGAAGAUGAGCAGGGGAGGAGGAAGAGGUUGCGGCCGUGGCUGCGGCCGCGACUGCAGCAGUUGCAGCGGGGAGAGAAGAAGAAGAAAGGAAGGAGAAGGAAGAGGAGAAGGGAAAGAAGUAGCUGCGGCUGCGGUUGUGGCAGCUGCAGCUAUGGCAGGGAAAGAGGAAGAGAAAAAGGAAAGGAAGAAGAAGAGAAAGGGAAGGAGAGGAAGAAGAGAGGAAGAGGAGAAGGGGCUGCGGCUGCGGCGAUGGCAGCUGCAGCUGUGGCAAGGAAAGAGAAAAAGGAAAGGAAGAAGAAGAGAAAGGGAAGGAGAGGAAGAAGAGAGGAAGAGGAGAAGGGGCUGCGGCUGCGGUGAUGGCAGCGGCAGCUGCGGCUGCGGUGAUGGCAGCGGCAGCUGCGGCUGCGGUGAUGGCAGCGGCAGCUGUGGCUGGGAAAGAAGAGAAGGAAAGGAAGAAGAAGAGAAAGGGAAGGAGAGGAAGAAGAGAGGAAGAGGAGAAGGGGUGGCAGCUGCGGCAGUGGCAGCUGCAGUUGGAUGAGAAGUAGGAGAGGAAAUAGAGUAGCAGAGGAAGAAGAGGCUGCGGUUGUGGUGGCUGCGGCCAUGGCUGCGACUGCGACUGCGGCAGUUGCAGCUGGGAAACAAAAGGAAAGGAAAGGGGGAAAAAGGGGCUACGGACGGGAUUGCGGUCGCAGCGGCAGCGACUGCGUAUGCAGCAAUUAUGUCUGCGAGAGAAGAGAGGAAGGAAGGUAGUGCGGUGGAAGGGGCUGCGAUUGUGGCAGCGGCAGCGGCGGCAGCUGUGGCAGCUGCGUUAGGGAAAGAAAAAGAAGGAAUGAGAGUAAGAGAGAGCAGGUGACUGUGCCUCGAUGUUCGACACGUGAUGUAGUUAUGAAGAAAGGAAGAAAACGGGAGCACAAAACGAAACAGAGAGAGGACACGGAGGAAAAGUAGAAAGAUUGGACGGGCACCUUCCUUGGAUAUUCAGAUCAAAAUAUUUGAAAGGCAAGUUCCCUGAUCGUUUCUCCGAUAAUUGCUCUAACUUUUCUUAUUGUAAGUUUCCCGAUCGUUCCGCCUGUAAUUGUUCUAAUCUUUCCUAUUGCAAGUAUCCUGAUCGUUCCUCACUGCAAUUUUAUCUCUACAUUUGCUUUGAAUAUGAGGAACUUUGAAUUGUUCUAGCCUUGCAUUUGAUAUAUCUCCUGUUUAGAUGUAACGAUUCGAAUCUGUGCAACUUCUGAUAUUCUGACCUUUUGAUACCGAGCUGCCUAUAAGUCUUUGUUGGAAACUCUGAUUUGUUCAAAACUGAUUUCAUUGGAAAAUAGACUCGUAGACCUUUCUUUGAUAUAUGGAUUGAAAGAUUUGGAAUCCAAACACCUGUCCAGCUAUCUGUUGAAUCUGACAUUAGAAAUUCUGCCAACAGAGAUUUUGUUCUACGACACUUGCUUACCAAAUUAUUUGUAACUCUCUCUGUUGGACAGUUCAAUUCCUAUGAAGCCUGUCUUAUCUGAAAGUAUUAUCCAAUGAUUAUUUCUGAGUAAAUUGGAGCACGAUUGAUAGUUUGAAUCAUUUGUUCAAUGUGCCUCUUGUAUUCUGCCAGAAAUCGAGCUUUGGUCGAUUUCUCAUAUUCUGGUUUCAUUCCUUUGGAAGUUGAUAUCCUUUAGCUUUCUUAUUCAAUUGAGCUUUAUAUUACUGCUUUGAGUUCUUGUAUACUCUUGUCCUUAAAAUUAUUGCAUUCUUGAAAACCAUUGUGGAACGUUUAUGCUAUAUCGUAUUGACCCAUAUAGGCACAUGUAUAUUCCAUUGUUCCGCAUUUGCUCCCGAUAUGUGCCUAUUCCAGUUCAUUCAUUUUGACAUUGAAUUUAUCUAACCUUCUUAUUUGAAUUGAGCUAUAUAUGAUUGUUUGGAAUCCUUGAAUGCUCUUGCUUUCAUUUCGUUUCCAAAACUGAAUACAUUUGUGAGAGAUUUGUUCCUUGCAUCAUAUUUGACUCGUAAAGGCACAUGUACGUUUGUUGUUCCGCGUGUGCUUCCGAUAUAUGCUAUUUAUUGUUCGUACUGCCCUUUUGUACUCUGGUGUUUGUGGGAUUGUCUGGACCUUUGCCAGAACUGGUAAAGGGUAUGUGCUGAUUUGCCCGCUUUGUGGGGUCCCGCUUUGUGGGAUAUUCUGGUAUGCGCUUAUUUGCCCGCUUUGUGGGGUCCCGCUUUGUGGGAUAUUGCUUAGAGCCUGCGAUGCUCUGCCGGCCCCUUUGACUUCACCUAGACGUGGGUGGAUGGAGCUCCCAGACGUGGGAGACUUUUGUCAGGUGGUCAUUCAGAAAUGGAUGAAUCACAUUCUGACUGAGAUCCCACUACACCUUCUGUAUGUUUGAUAUGAUAUCCAGAGCUUUGGUUAUGUGUUUCUGUACAUGCUUUGGAUAAGAUUGAUAUGUUUGCAACGUCAAAGACGAUGUUUGAGCUUCUGUACGAUAUUUGUUUUCGAUAUGCUUUGAAAUGCUUCAUUCACUGAUGAUAUGCUUCGAAAUGUUCCAUAUGCCGUUGAUAUGCUCCGGAACAUUUCAUAUGCCAUUGAUAUGCUCCAAUUACUCUGUACUCCAUUUGCUAUGAACUGAUAUGUUCUGAAAUGUCCUAUCUGCCAUUGAUAUGCUCCAAUUACUCUGUGCUUCAUUUGCUGUGAACUGAUAUGUUCUUAUAUGUCCUAUUUGCCAUUGAUAUGCUCCAAUUACUCUGUGCUCCAUUUGCUAUGAACUGAUAUGUUCUGAAAUGUCCUAUCUGCCAUUGAUAUGCUUCAAUUACUCUAUGCUCCAUUCGUUAUGGAUCAAAUAUGUUAUGAAUGACAUGAUACGUAUGAUUUGGUAUCUAUUGAGAUGGUAUCCUUGAGAAUUCUUGUAUUCUGCCUUACAUUUUGAUAUCUUACUCGUUUGAAUCCGUUCCUUUUUUUCUGAAUAUGCUUUGUCACUUGCUGAGCCGUUUUUGGCUCACUCCGUUGUUAUAUAAAUCUUUCAGGUUAGCUUGUUACUCUUCGAGAUGUUUGAUUUGGGCUGAGGUAGUGGAUAGCUAUUCAGAAUGAUGGGCAAGUCUGGUUGGUUAUUACGAUAUUGUUGUAUAAGUAUGUCUUGUAUAUAAUGAAAUGUUGUCGAUGAACCGAAAUAGAUAUACUGUGUCCAAGUGUUAGGAGAUCUCUCUUAUUUGGAAUUUCAGAAUGUUAUCUAAUUUAUGGUGAUAUGAACUUGUGGUGAUUAGUUGGAGUUCUGAUUGUAUAAAUUAUUUAGCUUGUGGAUUUAUAAAUAUUGUUCAUGUUUGUCAAGUUGGCUUGGGUUGCCAUAAAUGUGAAUUAUUGAGUGAUGUGAUAUAUGAUUAUAAACUGCACAGGUUUUAUGGGUGUGAAUAUGAAUAGAAUGUUUUUCAGUGUCCUCAAACGUUAGUUUGGAUCCUGGAUUGGUCUGUGAUGAAAAAUUUUAAAAAUCAUGGAUAUUUUGAGGGGCGUGACAGAGGCGGUAUCAGAGCAUGGUUUGAGGAUCACUGAAAUAUUUGAUAUGUUGACGUGCAAAAUAUAUUGAGGUCUAGUGAAUUAUAGUGAUUGGUGGAAAUAUUUUCUUUGAUGCAUUUUAGGAAUCUGGGAUGAUGAGGACAUUUGGUCCUCCUAUUUCAUCUGAUUUCGAUUAAUUAAGUGGGAUGAAAGGGGUAAUCGGGGAUAUUGAAUCAGAGUGGCGCAGCAGAAGCAUGGUGUACCUAAUCUAUUGGUGGUCGAAAAAUGGAUGAUGCGAAUUGAGAAAUAUUUGAUAUACAAAAUUGUUCUGAUACUCGAAAGAUUUCUUUUGCCACGUUAUAUUGGAAGUAAAGACUUAUUAUUGACGGCAACAAUGAAAAGAAUUUUUGAAGAUCAAUGGCAAGAAUGACAAGAACAAGUUUACCAAUAAAAAUAUGAUUGGAAAUGAAUCAGUAAGUAACAACAAGAGAGUCAAGACAUUUGGAUUUGAAAUGGGAAGUCACCACAAAAGACUCAAUCAGGUGUGAAUUGCAAGUUAAAUUAUGAAACAAGUUUAUGUUUGUGCGUGACUAGAGCCUAUUUUGCUUAUGGAAAGUUUGAUCAUAAAAUAAAAGUUUGCCCUUUGAACAAGAAGAAAGAGUCACUGCCUCCUAAAUCAUCAGCCCAUGUCAGAGUGUAUGCUACCACUGAAUAUGAUUCUAAGACUUCUGAAUUAGUGGUCGAAGGUAUUAUGUAUGUUUAUGAAAGAAUGCAAAUAUUUGUUUGAACAUGGGUUCUAUCUACGAUUUGAUUCGUAACAUAUUGCCUGUCACUUGGGUAUUCAACCUAGAUCACUGUAUUAUGUGAUAUAUGUAAGUACAAUCAUUGGAGAUUCUUUGAUAACGAACUUGAAUCUGGUCCUCUUGUCUGAUUUUUGUUGGAGAACUUGAACUUUUGCUGAUUUAGUUCUCCUAGAGAUUUGGAGUUAUGAUAUUAUACUUGGUAUGCAUUGGCUAUCUUCUUAUCAUACCAGUAUGGAUUGGUAUAUAACAAAUGAUCACUUUUUGCAUAUUUGAUCAGCCGAUCUUUUAUUUUGAGAGUAUUGGACAUUAUUUAUCUCCUUGCCUAAUGUAUCCCAGGAUGACUUGCCUGGAUUACCUCCAAAUGUGAUUUUGCUUUUGAUUUGGUCCUUGGGACAAUCCCUAUAUCUAAGCCUCUCUGCAGAAUGAUAUCAUUUGAGUAAGUGGAAUUAGAAAAACAACUACAAGGAUUAUUAAAUGAGGAUUUUAUUUGGCUUAAUAUUUUAUCAUGGGGUGCUCUGGUGUUAGUUAAAAAGAUGGAUGGAACAUGGAGGCUUUGUAUUGAUUAUGGAUAGUUGAAUCAGGUGAUCAUCAAAAACGAGUAUUUUCUGAAGUAACGAUUUGCUUGAUUAAUUACAGGUGCGCAAGUAUUUUUGAAAGAUUGAUUGAAGGUCGGGUUUACCAUCUAUUGAGAAUCAAGAAGGAGAAUAUUUCGAUCACUCUUGGAAAAUUAUGUAAUUGUAUUGAAUUGAUGAAAUUAUUUAAGAGUAGGAGGAGGAAAUAAAGAAAUCAUAAUCCUCAUCUUUUCAUCGAUUGAGCUAUGACCAAUUUAGAGGACUAAAUUUUCUUUUAAGGGGGGGAGAGUGUAAUAUCCCCCACUUUUAAAAAUGUAUUAAUAAGGAUUUAUAUGUAAAUUGGGGGACCUAUAUGUAAAUAUAGAAAUUACAAGGACUAAACUGCUAAGUUGCAAAAAGAAAAAAAAAAAAAAAAAAAGGAAAAACCGAAAAUUCGGUAUUAUCCCACCGCCUCCCACGCACUCUGUUUCUUUCCAGAAACAGAGAGAGCGGUGGGGCGUGAGGAGAAGGGGAGUGGUUGAAGAAAAGAAGAAGAAGAGGGAAAAGAAGAGAGGAGGAAGAAGAGAGGAAGAAGAGAGGAAGAAGAGGGAGAAGAGAAGAAGAUGAAGAAGAAGAAGAAGAGGAGGUGGCUGCAGCGAGGGCUGCAGCGAGAAGCUGUGGGGCGUGGGGGGAAGAAGAGAGGAAGAAGAUGGAGAAGAGAAGAAGAAGAAGAAGAAGAAGCAGAAGAAGAAGAAGAAGAAGAAGAGAGGAGGAUAGCUGCGGCAAGGCUGCAGCGAGGAGGUGUGUGGCUUUGGGGAGGAAAAGGGAAGAGGAGAAGAAGAGAAGGAGAAGAAGAGGGAAAAGAGAGGCAGCUGCAGCAGCCAGGGCUGCAGCACCUCUGUUUCCCGCAGGUGGAAACAGAGGAGAGGAUGUGUGGGGCGUUGAGGAUGAAAAGGGAAGAAGAAGAAGAAGAAGAAGAAGAAGAAGAAGAAGAAGAAGAAGAAGAAGAAGAAGAAGAAGAAGAUAGCUGCGGCAAGGCUGCAGCGAGGAGAUGUGUGGCCUUGGGGAGGAAAAGGGAAGAGUGGAAGAGGAGAAGAAGAAGAAGAGGAAGAGAAAGAGGUGUGAUACCUCUGUUUCCUGCAGAGGAAACAGAGGAGAGGGUGUGUGUGACGCCGGGGAAGAAGGGGCUGCAGCUGCGGCGAUGGCAGCUGCAGCUGGAAGAGAAGAAGAAGAGGAAGAUGAGCAGGGGAGGAGGAAGAGGUUGCGGCCGUGGCUGCGGCCGCGACUGCAGCAGUUGCAGCGGGGAGAGAAGAAGAAGAAAGGAAGGAGAAGGAAGAGGAGAAGGGAAAGAAGUAGCUGCGGCUGCGGUUGUGGCAGCUGCAGCUAUGGCAGGGAAAGAGGAAGAGAAAAAGGAAAGGAAGAAGAAGAGAAAGGGAAGGAGAGGAAGAAGAGAGGAAGAGGAGAAGGGGCUGCGGCUGCGGCGAUGGCAGCUGCAGCUGUGGCAAGGAAAGAGAAAAAGGAAAGGAAGAAGAAGAGAAAGGGAAGGAGAGGAAGAAGAGAGGAAGAGGAGAAGGGGCUGCGGCUGCGGUGAUGGCAGCGGCAGCUGCGGCUGCGGUGAUGGCAGCGGCAGCUGUGGCUGGGAAAGAAGAGAAGGAAAGGAAGAAGAAGAGAAAGGGAAGGAGAGGAAGAAGAGAGGAAGAGGAGAAGGGGUGGCAGCUGCGGCAGUGGCAGCUGCAGUUGGAUGAGAAGUAGGAGAGGAAAUAGAGUAGCAGAGGAAGAAGAGGCUGCGGUUGUGGUGGCUGCGGCCAUGGCUGCGACUACGACUGCGGCAGUUGCAGCUGGGAAACAAAAGGAAAGGAAAGGGGGAAAAAGGGGCUACGGACGGGAUUGCGGUCGCAGCGGCAGCGACUGCGUAUGCAGCAAUUAUGUCUGCGAGAGAAGAGAGGAAGGAAGGUAGUGCGGUGGAAGGGGCUGCGAUUGUGGCAGCGGCAGCGGCGGCAGCUGUGGCAGCUACGUUUGGGAAAGAAAAAGAAGGAAUGAGAGUAAGAGAGAGCAGGUGACUGUGCCUCGAUGUUCGACACGUGAUGUAGUUACGAAGAAAGGAAGAAAACGGGAGCACAAAACGAAACAGAGAGAGGACACGGAGGAAAAGUAGAAAGAUUGGACGGGCACCUUCCUUGGAUAUUCAGAUCAAAAUAUUUGAAAGGUCAGCUUGUUACUCUUCGAGAUGUUUGAUUUGGGCUGAGGUAGUGGAUAGCUAUUCAGAAUGAUGGGCAAGUCUGGUUGGUUAUUACGAUAUUGUUGUAUAAGUAUGUCUUGUAUAUAAUGAAAUGUUGUCGAUGAACCGAAAUAGAUAUACUGUGUCCAAGUGUUAGGAGAUCUCUCUUAUUUGGAAUUUCAGAAUGUUAUCUAAUUUAUGGUGAUAUGAACUUGUGGUGAUUAGUUGGAGUUCUGAUUGUAUAAAUUAUUUAGCUUGUGGAUUUAUAAAUAUUGUUCAUGUUUGUCAA